GCUGAUUGGCUGGCCGGGCUGCCCGCUGUUAACCAGCCAAUUGCCCGAGCACUGCACAGAGGGAAAAAAAAAAUCUGCAGGCAAUGUCAAACAAAACCUCAUACUUGCCCUAGAAAAACAACCAUCAAAUAAACAAAUGGUAACGCGGCGACACUGUGUGCGAUGCGUUUAAAGGCACCAAACUGCAGAAAGAAAUCCAUUUUGUAUUACAGAAUAAUACUCAAUUUUAUUGUUCGAAGGCAGCCAAGAAUGGCAGUUAAUCUGUUGAAUAAUUUCCAAUUUAACAGAGUAAUCAAUCAAAUAAAUCUGAAAUUAAUCUAAUUUGCGAUUAAUCCACGAAUCCUAACACCAUCAGUAGCACCGAAACACGAUCACUGACAGACUGAUCCGUCAAAUAAUUCUGCGAUUAAUCGAUUAAAUCUGUCAAAUAUGAGAUUGGUCUGAUUUGCGAUUAAUCUAUGAAUUUGGGCCAAUUAGUUAAUGAAGUUUGCCUGAGCACUGUUCAAUUGACAGGGUUCCGUAAUGUAAAAAAACAAAACAAAUUUCCAAGCUUUAUUUGUUAUUAACGUGAUUUAUAAUCUGUGAAACUCGAUUUAACAUUUUUGGGUGUGGGUAAGCGGAAGAAUCAGGAAGAUAUUGCGGUUCCACAAGUGGCACACCCUAUAACUGGGGAAGUGGUUGUAUGUAAACCUAACCAAUCACAUUCAAGCUCACGUUCACCUGCUACCAUUUGAAAUGCUUGGGUUUGAGCUCAAAUAAAGCCCAGUGGUUCUAGCAGGCUUUUCCUGUAAUUUUUUUUUAAGUCGGCACAAAAACCUGGUAUUAAAUUGUCAUUGUAUUAAUCCGUGAAGAAAAUUGAGCUCCAUAAUUAAAGUGGUACAAGACUACACUACAUUUAAAUAACUCACUUAUGCAUUUAAAGAAACCAUUUUACCAUAAUUUUAGGACUACAGUAUAAGCCGCUACUUUUUCUCCCUCAUUUUGGUGAAUCCUACGGUUUAUAGUCCACUGGGGCUUAUUUGUUGAUUCAUUUGGGUUAAUGGGCAACACUUUGACAGCGGCGUCAUAAGGACGUCAUAAUUAUGGCAUGACACUAUUAUAGACAUAAGUUUUAUUCAGCAAAUUAUGUCCCUAACCUUAUUUAUGUCCAGCUCUGCUCUUUAACAUCCAUUCAAAAGUGAGAUAAUUUGCCGGAUGACACAAAAUAACAUUUGUCAUAAUCAUUAAAUAAUGCUCAUGUCAUAAUUAUGAUCGUGUUAUGACAGUCUUAUGGUGCCACUGUCAAAUAAAGUGUUACCAAAUACCUUAACUAGCAAUUAAUGAAACAACUGGGACAGUAACUGAAGCAAUAUUUCGCACAGAACAUUAAUUUUGAUUAUUUACAUCUGUAGCGCUGCAAUGCAUGCUAAGAGGCAUGUUGGAUAACAACAGUGUUGACAGCAGGUGGCAGCAGAGGUUGAAUGUCUCCCCAAAUUGCCAAAUGAAGCUUCUUGAAAGAAAUUUUGCAGCCUCUUGGUCAUCUGUCAUAAUCAUUCAUCAAUGCUCAUGUCAUAAUUAUGAUUGUCUUAUGACAGACUUAUGGCAUCACUGUCAAUAAUAAGUGUUACCAAAUACAAUAACUAGCAAUUAAAGAAACAACUGGAACAGUAACUGAAGAAAUAAUUAGCGCAGAACAUGAAUUUUGGUUGUUAUUUACAUCUGUAGCGCUGCAAUGCAUGCUAAGAGGCAUGUUGGACGACAAAAGUGUUGACAGCAGGUGGCAGCAGAAGUUGAUUGUUUCCCCUAAGUGGAGCAGUGAUGGCCAAAUGAAGCUUUGCAGCCAAUUGGUUCAUAGCUUCAUGGUGGUUCAUUUGGUCUUAUGACAGUCUUAUGAUGCCGCUGUCAAAUUAAGUGUUACUGGUCGAUAUCUUUUGGUGUAAAUAUCCCAUAAUACAGUGAGGACAUCUGCGGCUUAUAGUCCAGUGCGGUUUAGCUAUGAACAAAUGCUCUUUCCGUGUCAAAUUUAGUUGGUGGCCGCUCAUAGUCAGGUGCGCCUUAUAGUCCGGAAAUUACGGCAAUUUGUUAUGUAUAAAAAUAAAUAAAUAAAUGCUUGGCGAUUCUAAUGUGGAUUGGCAGGCAAUGUCACACAAAACGUUUUACUUGCCUCCCCCGCGACAAAGGUAAUUUGAUAAACGUCAACUCCAACGUCAAAUGACGUUCGCGAUGGGAAAAGGCACAACUGGAUUUGUUUACGAUGAUGAAUGUAUUAAAGGCACCAGUUGCCAGCGAAUAUCGAUACACUAUCUAAACUACAUACACUUAUAGGACUUUAGCAGUUUUAAAACCAUUUAAUAGUUGUCGGAGGCUUUGUAAGGACGUUUUAUUCACAUUUCCGAGGGGAUUUUAAUUAGUUAUCAUUGAACGUUUGUUUGGUCAACGCUAAUAGACGGCAGAUUCGUCACGUGCGUGUUGAGGCGGUUAAAUCGAUGCGGGGAAAUACACAGUGCUAAUUACACGCACAAAAAAAGUCGCAAACGUACUACAUUUUGUGUAAUGGGGAUGUUGCUAGCGUAUAAACGAUAAACAACGUUUUUGUCUUUGUUCAAGCAAGGAGCGGGUUGGAAGUUGUCGUGGCGAAAGUGCGCCUGUCGUUUCGACGUGGGGCCAAAGCCUAAGCUAGGCUAAGCUAAGCGCUGUAUUGUGGGAGAGACAGAAAGAAGCUACCGUACUCUAGCGAAGCUUCACACAGCAGCACAGACUCGAGCAGCAGCAACACAAUAUGUGCGGGCUCUCGCUCAAAAAGGAGCCACUUGCACUCUUCUUCCAGCUAAAUCAUGUAAUAUAAGCGGGGCUAAAAGCCAUUUCCCUUUAUCUCAGCGAUUCGACAAGAAAGGAUCCUCGAUCGAGGCGAAACAUGUCCAAGCCGGGGGAGAGAAACAAAUUGUACGAGGACCAUGGCAGAAAGCAGAGUUCAACGUUGGCCAACGGCACCGACAGUCACCCCGGCUCGGCGGAGAAACGGAGUCACCACUGGAGAAGUUUCAAGAUGAUCAUCGACCCGGCGCUUAAGAAGGGAUCGCACAAGCUGUUUCGCUACGAUGGACAUGCUUUCAACAUGCCCAACCCGGGCUUUCCACCGGUGGAAAGCGUCCGAGACCCGAGGAUUGGGCUUCUUUGGACCAAAUACAAGGAAACGGACUUGCCGGUGCCCAAGUUUAAGAUUGACGAGUAUUACAUCGGGCCGGUGCCCCCGAAGGAGGUGACGUUUGCCCGCUUGAACGACAACAUCCGCGAGGGCUUCCUGACGGACAUGUGCAAAAAGUUUGGCGACAUCGAGGAGGUGGAGAUCCUGUACAACCCCAAGAACAAGAAGCACCUAGGCAUCGCCAAGGUGGUCUUCGAGAGCGUCAAAGCCGCCAAGGUGGCCGUGCAGAUGCUCCACAACACAUCCGUGAUGGGAAACAUCAUCCACGUGGAGCUGGACCCAAAAGGUGAGAAUCGCCUUCGGUACUUCCAACUCCUGAUGAACGGAAGCUACACGCCGCGGACACUGCCCGUCGGCGGAGAGGAAGCCAGAGAAGUUUCUCCUCGUAGCCUGGCUGAAGCUUUGUUGGCAUGCGAGCCCAUCAGGCGGUUGUCGGAGAGCAGCCUGUCUUCGGCGGCAGGCUCGUUGCCUCCGAGCGGCGGCGCCUCCACCACGCCGCUGUCCAUGGAGACUGGGUACUCCAGCGUAAGGCCGGACACGCCCCAGUCCCAGGGGACGCCACGGCAAACCGGCACCCCCUUCUCCCAAGACUCCAGCUACUCCAGUCGCCAGUCCACCCCCGCGUACCAGUCCGGCCGGGCGGAGAACUCCGGGGGAUACAAGUCGCGGAGGCACGAGAGCAAGUUUCAGGACGCGUAUAAUCGCAGACCGGAGAGGCCGCAGUACCGCAGCAACAUGUACCGGAGUAGCGCCGCGUCUGAGCCGGCAUCCUUUAAGCAGCACCACCUUACCCCUCCCGAACCUCAGCCCGCGACUCCCUCUUUCUCUUACACUGCUCCUCCCCCAGCGACGCCCAACUUCAAGUCUGCUUUCUCGCCUUACCAGGCGCCCUUGCCUCCCGCCUUCCCCCCAUCGGAACCCGCCUUUCACCACUCGUCCCAAAGGGACAGCGAGUACCAGCGGCCCCCUCAGCCCCCUCCGACUGCCCCUGCUGACUUUUUGCCCUCCAAGGAUAGACCGGAAACCCCUCCCAUCCCAGAGCCCCCGCCGGAACCGGGACCCCGCCCCGGCACGCCUCCUCCCCGGACUCCCGAGCGAUGCCCGUCGCCCGGCUCGCCCGCCGCCGAUCCGGAGCGCAACAGCCUGGACUCGCGCAUCGAAAUGCUCCUAAAGGAGAAAAGGACUAAACUGCCUUUCCUGACGGAGCGAGACUCGGACACCGAACUGCGAAUGGAGGGAAGUCCCAUUUCUUCCUCUUCCUCGCAGCUUUCCCCCAUACCGCCGUAUACGGGCGGCGAAGCGCAAAACUCACGACCGUGUAGCACGGGCUUAGAAGACAUCAGCCCCACUCCACUACCGGACUCUGACUCUGAUGACGAGCCCGUCCCGGGCACCGCCUCGCUGGUCAGGUGGAUCGGCUCUCCACUCGAUCGCGAAAACAACAAUCAAGGCAAAGAGGAACAUUCUCGAGGACAUACUGAAACAGACAAAAUGGAGACGAGUCAUCAGUCGUCCGGAGAAGACAUGGAGAUCUCUGACGACGAGAUGCCCGGCACACCCACUGGCAGUGGCGACAAAGGCAUUGUUGUUAACUCGGCCGUGUCGCCGAUCCAGACCCUGGGCCUUCCCCCGCCGGGCUUCCCGCACCUGCCCCACCAGCCCGGCUUCAGCCUGCCGCACCACCACCUGGCCGCCGUGCCCGGUCAUCCGGCUCACCUGGCCGUGCACCCGCACCUGCUGCCCCACGUGGCUCACUACGCUCCCGGCAUGAUCCCUCUGGUCCAAAUGGAGCUGAUGAACUGUUUGCGGUGGGAACAGUGGAGCACGGUUCCCAUGUCCUUUCAAAUGCAGCAGCAGAUGCUGAGUCGCAUGGCGCAGACUAGAGGCCCGUAUCCAUACCCUCAUUACCUGGACGGCGCCGCUGCCGGGCCCUUCGCAGCGCCGUACCCGCAUCCCUCUGUGGGUGCCACGCACGUGCCAGGACAAGCGUGGCAGCAUCCCAGCAUGCCCGUGUUCAACCCAUCCGUUCCUCCUCCCGGCUACGAGAGCAAAAAGGAGGACCCCCAUAAGGCCACCGUUGAAGGGGUGCUGCAAGUCAUCGUCAAAGAACUGAAGGCCAUCAUGAAGAGGGAUCUCAAUCGCAAAAUGGUAGAGGUGGUUGCCUUCAGAGCCUUUGACGAGUGGUGGGAGAAGAAGGAACGCUCGGCCAAGGCAUCCUUGACUCCAAUCAAAGGUUCAGAAGGAAAGGAGGAAGAGCGACCGAAACCCAAAGAGACCAUCGGUUCAAGUCUGCUGGAGAACUGGAACAAGGGCGAGAGCCUGGGCUAUGAAGGGAUGGGAUUAGGAAUUGGCCUGCGAGGAGCCAUUCGCUUGCCCUCCUUCAAGGUGAAAAGAAAGGACCCACCUGAAGCCAUUACCGCGGGGGAAAAUAAACGAGCACGACCCUCCAUUCCCGUUGAUGACGAGCUUGAGGAUGAAGACCGCGAUCGAGACCCAACGGAACUCCCUUCGGACGACUCUAAAAUGGACGGCGAUGGCAUUUCGAUCAAGAGGAGACACUCGCGCCCGCUGGACCUCGACAGCGAGGGCGAAGAGGAGGCGGAAACCUCGGGGAAAGAAGAGUCGUUGGGCGAUCGAGAGGAAGAACCCGACGAGACGGCGCCCGCCGAAAAGCUGUCGCCGAGCAAGAACGACGACGAAGCCGACAGAGACUCCUCCAGCGACAGCACCUCUUCCGAUUCAUCUGACGACGAAUCGGAAAGUUCGGCGUCCUCCGGGAGCAGCUCUGGCUCCUCGUCGGCCAGCUCCGACUCCUCAGAGUACGAGUUGAGCUCGGAAGAAGAGGUGUCGGAAGCGGAGGUGGAAGAAGACGACGUGGGAAAAGCUAGCAAGACCUCCUCUUCCUCUUCGUCGUCUUCAUCUUCGUCCUCCGACGAAGAAGGAGGGAUGGACGCCGAGACGCCGGGUCCCACGGCUGACGCAACAGAGGAGAUGAGCAACAUACCUAAAGUCAGACCUCCGAGUCCUGAGGAGGAGUUUGUGGAGGAGCAAAAACCACCAUCGCCUAAAGUCAUCCCAGUCAAAGUGGAAGAGGUCAGCAGUGAUGAAAUUGGCGGCGUGAAGGCGGAGUAUAUCCGGCCUCCCACACCGACAGGAGCCCCGCCGUCCGACAGCGAGCAGGAAAGCAAGAGCAGAGGUAACGUGGCGGCCCAGGGAACGCCCGCGACGCCAGGCGGAUUAGCCCCGUGCCACCUCCCAUCCGAAGCCCCCGCACCCCGAAGCGCUUCGACCUCUUUAAUGCGCCUCCCUCUCCCGCCUCGCCCGACAGUAGAAGGCGGCUCGCUCCUCCGGCCGCCCUUGGAACGGGCUCGCCCGGCCACGGACGAGGAACUCCCGAGGACGCCCGGCCGGGAUCUGACGGAACGAGCCCGGAGUCUGGGCAAGUCUCAGAGCACGGACACGGUGCCGAGGACGCCAGGUAGUGACGCCCCGCUAACGGGGAGCAGCCUGUUGCUCAGCUCCCCUCACGUUCCCGGUAGUCCUUUCUCUUACCCCGCUCAGUCCCCUGUCCUAAGCGCCGGAGUCCCUCGCACUCCGGGUCGGGACUUAACCUUUGCCCCCGUCUUCCCCGACCCCUCUGCGCUUAAUCGAAAGAUCUCCUCCGAGAGCCCGGACGAACGGCCCGUGUUUAAGGAGCCGCACGUUGCCGCCUUAGCUAACCGAGCCUCGUCAACAGGUACGGUACUUCCGGCCGGCUUCCCCGGGGACGAUUCUGAGACGUCUGACGACGUCCCGUCGACGAAGAAACCCGUACGGCUCAAAGGGAAAAGGGUCCCGCUGAUCUCCGAGUCCCCGGAAGGAACUCCUUUGCGAGACGCUUCUCCCGACGGCGACUCGAGGGCAGGGGAAGAACCUAGGACGGCGCCCCCCGACUCUGAGGACGGCUUCCUCUCUUACGAAGAGGACGCCCCAGUGACGGUCAAGCCGGCGCGGCGCACGCGGCGAGGCUGGGAGGAGCUUCUCCUGGACAGCCUGUCCCCUGUCACCACGCCGCCUCGCUCCUACUUCUCCAGACGCAGCGACUUUGAGGAGAUGACCAUCUUGUACGACAUUUGGAACGAGGGCAUCGACGAGGAGGACAUCCGCUUCCUGCAGAUCACUUAUGAUAAGAUGCUGCAGCAGGACAACGGCAACGACUGGCUGAACGACACGCUUUGGGUUAAUCAUCCUCAAACCAACGUCCCCCGGGUUAAGAAGAAAAGGCGAGACGACGGCAUGAGGGAUCAUGUCACUGGCUGCGCUAGAAGCGAAGGCUACUAUAAGAUCGACAAGAAGGACAAGAUCAAGUACCUGCAGAGCACGCGGCUGCAGUCUGAGGAGCCGCCCAUUGACACGCAGGGCAUGAGUAUUCCUGCGCAAGUCCACGCGUCCACCAGAGCCGGUUCAGAGCGGCGGUCCGAGCAGCGACGCUUGUUGUCGUCCUUUGCGUGUGACAGCGACCUGUUGAAGUUCAACCAGCUCAAGUACCGCAAGAAGAAGAUUCGAUUCUGCAAGUCGCACAUCCACGACUGGGGGUUGUUCGCUUUGGAGCCCAUCGCUGCGGACGAUAUGGUCAUUGAGUACGUGGGUCAAAACAUCAGACAGGUGAUCGCGGACAUGCGCGAGAAGCGUUACGAAGAGGAGGGCAUCGGUAGCAGUUACAUGUUCCGCGUGGACCACGACACCAUCAUUGAUGCCACCAAAUGCGGGAACUUUGCACGUUUCAUCAACCACAGCUGCAACCCCAACUGUUACGCCAAGGUGAUCACGGUGGAGUCGCAGAAGAAGAUCGUCAUCUAUUCUCGGCAGCCCAUCAACGUCAACGAGGAGAUCACGUACGACUACAAGUUCCCUAUCGAGGACGAGAAGAUCCCUUGCUUGUGCGGGGCUGAGAACUGCAGGGGGACUCUCAACUGAGGGGGAAAACUGCCAGCGUUGAUUGUUUACGAUUUAUGGUGCUGUUCCGAAAUAAGUGAACAACAAGAUGACGUAACUGUUUAGAGAAGCCCCUACAAAUUGCUCCUUUACUACAUACUAACAGAUUUCGAUUAACAUUUCGACCCAAACAAUCGUUGACUGCACAAAACGAAGGAAUAAUGAGGAAAAUGGCUCACUCUUAAGCUUCUGUACGUCAUUUAAUAAUUCAUUUUUACUCAUUUGAGGAGGCUUCUCAUGGCAUAUGUUUCCGUCAGUGUUUAAAUGUUCAAUGCACUUCCGCUUUGCCUGGCAGACAAGAUUUUUCAAUACUGGAGUAUUGUUUUGUGAAUAUAUUGUACACUUGUACAGGAAAUCUGCAACUUUUUUAUACGUCAUCACUCGGUUUCACUUUUAAGAUGUUUUGUAGGAAAAAAAAGACUGAAUAUUUAAAAACGAAAAAAGGCAAAAAAGUAUUAUCAGGGAUCUGUAAAAGGAAUGGCAAGCUGUUUAUUUAAAGUAAGAAACGUGAAUAGAAGGUCCACUGUGUCACCUUCCAUUUCCCCCAUUUUGGAAAGAUUGUUUCUUGUAGAAACGUCUUGAUUCCUCUCUCUCGUCUCAAACGUGUACAUAAGCUAACUGUGAAUAUUAUAUAAAUAUAUAUAUUUUUGUUCCCUGAGGAUUUGCUACAUCAUCAGAGCUCCGAGAGCUGUGUAACAUAAGAUUGCGAGCGGUGAGCUUGAAGCACCACAUUUCAGCUUGUGUCAAGCUUUGAUUUUUCUUCUCUUUGUAUUCAUUUUUGGGUUGUAAAUUCUAUGAGAAGUUGUUUUGCAGUGUGGAGGAAGAGGAAAUGUGGUGAAUCGGCAUUGGAAGAGGAUUAAAAAAUUCAGCCUGCUCCUCAAGUCUAUUUAUUACAUGGCAAAUGUAUGAAUGUGUUUUGGGGGAGGG